AACGCCCAGUCGAUAUAAAUCCAUCAACUACGUAAAGAAUACGUGAGAGGAGCAAUCACGCAUGUUUAAACAUUGCUUUAUGAUCCAUUCAUUCGUACACCGCAGUGUUUAUUAACCAAUUGUGAAUGAUUCUUAAUUAUUUACAAACAAGAAAGAGAAUAUAAGCCCUGAUUCCUCUAAAAACUUAACUAACUUUUGUGAAAAUACAUACUAAAUACAAAACUAAAUUGGAAAUGACAACACACCAAAGUACUGCUCUGCGGUGCCGAACAUGCCUAAAUGGCACGGAUAAUACUUUCCACUCACUGCAAGGUAAACUUGUAAAGGAAGGAUGUGAACGAAGUACCCUGGCUGGGUUCCUUUGGAAAAUAUGCAAAAUGGAUAAUGCAUCGGAAAAAUCAAAGCGUUUACCACAACAAAUAUGCAGCAGUUGUUUGCGUAAAUUAAAAAUUUCAUUUUCAUUUGUAACGCAAGUUGAGGAGGUUAACAACCAAAUGAUGGCAAGGCUCGGAAUCAGUAAGGACCGAGACGCAGAAAUCUCUGUAAUUCAGGAAUAUGAUACCGACGAUAAUGAUAUGGAAAUCGAUAGCAUUUUUAAAGCAGAAGAAAGUUAUAUAGAUUGCAGUAAAUCAUUUCAACAAUUUCACGAAGAUCCUAUAUCAAUAUCAUCAAAAGCAAGUAAACAAGAUGAGACUCGAGUCGAGAACAAUUCUGAUAAAUGUAAAAGUCCACAGUGCGAUUAUGUAGAAUCUGCAGGAAACGACAAAAAUAAACAAAUAUGUAAAAAUGAGUGCCAUAGAGAAAUGAAAGCAAUACUUCACAACAUGAUGAGUCUGCAGAGAUUAAUGAAUGCCAAUUUGAAAAACGUGAAAAGAGCAACACAAAAGAAGAAGAUCAAAAAGCAACAGGGAACGGAAAGUAGAGAAUCAGUGGCAAGUUGGUUUCCAAUACUAACAGCCGAAGAGGCUCAAACAGUAGAAGAUAAACUAAAGAUCGAUGGCUAUUCAGAGGAUUUUGUUAGAUAUUUAAGAAGAAAUAAGGAUAAGAGCCUUAAUGAUGCCUUACGUGCAAUUUUUGAUGAUGACCUUAUGGAAAAUUAUAAUCUUGAUGGGCGUUUGGGAAAGCUGCCUCUCCUUAAACUCAAUUCAAUCAUAAAUUGCCUUAGAGAAGUGUACUCCGACAAAACAAACCUAGAUUUUUUUAAAGCGAUUCGGAGAUAUAUUUGUCUUUGCCAUAAUAGAUGUACCCAAAAAAGAUAUACUAAUAGGAAAAAACUGCGUGAUUGCAGUUUUGAAUUCCAAAAUUUAACAUACGAAAAUUGCGUCGAUCCACCGGAAAUUGAACCGACCAAAAUGCAACAUGAAAAUGAAAUGGCUGGUGAAAAGGAUGAAUCAGAUUCUGAAGAAACUCUCAGUUGUGGAAGCAUACCAAAUCUUUCAGAAAAAUCCUUCGAUCGUGCUACAAGUUGUUCACCAAAAUCUAUCGAACAGGAAAACUCCUAUACUGCAAAAAUAAAAGAAAUUCCUUUCUUGUUCCCACUUAUCACACAAGAUCAAUUACUUAAGCUAGAAGAAAAUAUUUUGGACACCGUUUAUUCUAAUCAAGUUUGUGAGCAUUUAAAAGAAUUAAAAGCCAAAAGUGGCAAUGUCGAUGGCGUCAUGCGUAAAAUUUUUACUGACGAAUUAAUUACUAAAUACAAUUUCGAUGGACUGCACGGAGGAAAUUGUAUUCGUGAUUUGAAUCUAGUUUCAGACUGUCUCCUUAAUGCAUUUUCAGAUAUUUCUAGAGCUGAGUUUUUGACAAAUGUGCGUAGUUAUAUUGCUCUGAGCCAUAGCCGAACAGAAAGUCGACGAAAAAGAACAAAAAAUAAUACUAAGUCCUAAGGGUACACGUGUUUUUAUGUUUAGUUUUGUAAACUUUCUUAAUGUAUAUAAUAAACACUUCACCUUACCUGCCACCUCCGAAUGGAGCCUU